AGUUUCUUUUGCGCGCGAACUGUAAGUGCUGGAGUCAGGUCGCGGCUGGUGGUCUGCUGUACAGGUGUUUGCGGGGUACGACUAUUACAAAGGCCCAUUUCACUUUAGUCUUUCCACCAUGGAGAUCGCAGAAGUCAAGCAGCACCCCGCGACGGCCAAGAUAAGGAACCUUCCCUGGGUUGAGAAAUAUCGGCCACAGACACUGAAUGAUCUCAUUUCUCAUCAAGACAUUCUGAGUACCAUUCAGAAAUUUAUCAGUGAAGACCGACUGCCACACCUGCUUCUCUAUGGCCCUCCAGGGACAGGAAAGACAUCCACUAUUCUUGCCUGUGCGAAACAGCUAUACAAAGAUAAAGAAUUUGGCUCCAUGGUCUUGGAGCUGAAUGCUUCUGAUGACCGAGGAAUAGAUAUUGUUCGGGGACCAAUCCUGAGCUUUGCCAGCACAAGAACGAUAUUUAAGAAAGGGUUUAAACUGGUGAUCUUGGAUGAAGCUGAUGCCAUGACCCAAGAUGCCCAGAAUGCCCUGAGAAGAGUGAUUGAGAAAUUCACUGAAAAUACCAGGUUUUGCCUCAUCUGUAACUAUCUGUCCAAGAUCAUCCCCGCCUUGCAGUCUCGGUGUACGAGGUUCCGAUUUGGUCCCCUGACACCCGAACUCAUGGUGCCCCGACUGGAACAUGUCAUAAAAGAAGAGAAAGUUGAUGUAAGUGAAGAUGGAAUGAAAGCACUUGUGACUCUCUCCAGCGGAGAUAUGCGAAGGGCUCUGAACAUUUUGCAGAGCACCAACAUGGCCUUUGGGGAGGUGACCGAGGAGACCGUCUACACCUGCACAGGGCACCCACUCAAGUCAGACAUUGCCAACAUUCUGGACUGGAUGUUGAAUCAGGACUUCACCACGGCCUACAGAAAUAUCAUGGAGUUGAAGACUCUGAAGGGGCUGGCAUUACAUGACAUCCUGACCGAGAUUCACUUGUUUGUGCACAGAGUUGACUUUCCCUCGUCAGUUCGAAUUCAUUUAUUGACCAAAAUGGCAGACAUUGAGUACAGACUUUCCGUUGGUACUAGUGAGAAGAUUCAGCUGAGUUCCCUCAUUGCUGCUUUUCAAGUCACCAGAGACCUGAUUGUAGCAGAGGCCUAGAUAUUCCAAAGCCUGUCUGCCAUA